AUGUUUGCAGACACGUACAUUUAUCUCAUUAAAGAUCGAGGUAUAUCUCUGUCAGAAUAUUUUAAUAUAUACUCUUCUUGCAUUUUUAUCUCUUCUUUCCACAUACUAUAUUUCGGAGUAUAUCUAUCUAUCUAUCUAUCUAUCUAUCUAUCUGUUUCUCCAGAAACCAGCCCGCGUCGAAAAGCUACUCACAAUGCAGCCGACGCCGCUGCAAAUUACAUUCGAUGGUUUCAGGAGACCAUGGCUGAGAAAACCGCACGUAACGCAGCGAAAUCUGCGGCAACGUUCAUUCGACGGUCCCACGAAUCUAAGGCUGAGAAAACCGCACGCCAAGCAUCCGAGACCGCUGCAACUUCUGCAAUUGUGUCGGAAAGUUCCGCGCAAAAGCGAACAAGGUGGCAACGCGAUGCAAUUUCAACUUCCGCUGCUAGAGCUGUAGAAGGACGUACUGAAAGGCUUGAAAGGUUGCAGACUGUCAACCAGCGCCACCAUGCACAGCGAGGGCUCUAG